AAUACAAUGCACUUUGCUUUCUGAAUUACACUUUUAUUUAUAAAAACCUCAUUAUUUCAAAUCGUACGGAGAGUUAUAAAACUGCGAAAUUGCGAUUCCGUUCCUAGUAGUUUAGAAGCUAAACAAGUGCUUGAGAAAUCUAACUAUGAAUCCUGGGGGACAAAAUGGGGAUCCUGGAGCUUCAAUGAUGAGUAUGAUGAAUCCACAUAAUCCCCACGGUGCAGGUGGAUCAGCAAUGACUCGCAUGCAAUCACAGCCUCUUCCUCCUCAUCAUGGAGGUCCCCACCAUCGUCACCCACUACCGACAUCAGGGACCACUGGAGGACGCAGUUGUGGUGGGUGUGGUGGUAAAAUUUUGGACCGUUUCCUUUUGCACGCUCUGGACAGAUACUGGCAUACCGGCUGUUUGAAAUGUUCUUGUUGCCAAGCGACACUAGCAGACAUUGGUAGCUCUUGUUUCACCAAAGCCGGAAUGAUACUCUGUAAAAAUGAUUAUAUCAGAAUGUUCGGAAGCAGCGGAGCUUGCAGUGCCUGUGGUCAAAUUAUCCCGGCCAAUGAGUUCGUCAUGAGGACACAGGGAAAUGUCUACCACCUGAAAUGCUUUGCUUGUGUCAAGUGUCACAAUCAGUUGAACCCUGGCGACCGGUAUAACAUGGUCAAUGGUAACGUAUUAUGUGAGCAGGACUGCCUCAAGAUCUUGAAGAGUGGGUCGACGGGUACAGGAACCACGCGAAAAGGAAAAGUACGAGCUAAUGCAGCCAUUAAGGCAUUGUAAACCAUGUAAAGCUUCAGGGGCUUUCUGCCUGGUGAAUGGUAUUCAUGCUAUUUCGUCAUUAAGGCUUAACAAUUACAUAAAUUAUCGAUAGUAGAACAAUCAUCAUAUGAUAGCUUUUCGUUUAUAAGUAAACCGCUAGAUAGCAACUUUUUAUCAAACCUUGUUCACAUUGCUAAGCCUAAUCUCACGCAGUCAAUGUCAGUGGUCUACUUGUGGUGCGAUUGUAUGAGAGAUUAGGGACGUGUUGCCUUUCUAAUGAUUUUAAGAAUAAUCUUACAAUACUUAUUCUUCAGUGAUAAGAUUUUUUUCGGAUUCCAGAAUUUUCUUUGAGACUCCGGAAAUUAUUUCAAAAUUACAAUUCGUUCUGACAAGUGUUAGAAUAAUAUCCAAUAGACAAUAUUGAGCAUAACUAAUGCAUUAUAUUACCGAUAAACUGAUAAGCGAUAAACCGAUAAGCGUAAUGUGGUGUUAAUUACUUAAUGACACACUACACAUCCAGCAAGUAACUUGAAGACCAGAGCUGUGGAUGACACUUACCUGUGAACUCGAAGUGUUAUAAUUGUAACUUGUUUCUAAAUCUAAAGCUAUGUAGAAAACAUUGAACUUACCCUGGAAGUUUCUAAAGAUGAGUAAGGAAAUACUGGACCUACUUUAAAGUUUCAUGACGAAUUCAUUUUUACACUAAUAGUUUAAAAAAAAUUGUCAAGAAAAGCUUUCUCUCAGAAGAAACUUUUAAGUAAAGUUAUGUGCAGAAAGAAAAGUUAUUUUAUGAAGAUGACACGGAGUCUAUAAAAAUGUAGGUAGAAGCAGAGGGAUGGAUAGUAUAGUUUUGUAAAUAUACACUGUAAAAAUAACCCGUAAAUGUCUAAGGUAUUUGUAAUAUUUUCUAAGACAUCGCAAAGACAUGUUUUUCUGUUAAAUUUGGAAGUCAGACUACAAGACAAGAUGAUGAGAUAGAAAUAAUCAAAUGUAUUUUAUAUUGUAGAAUAUGGUGGAGUUAAGUAAUGCACAGUGUUGAAGUGCUAUAUCAAGUUAAGUAAUGCACAGUGUUGAAGUGCUAUAUCAAGUUAAGUAAUGCACAGUGUCGAAGUGCUAUAUCAAGUAAAGCGGACAAGCACAAGUUGUAUAUGGUAAAACAAGUUAAAAAAACUCAUCGUAUGUGCAUUGGUUUCAUACUUUGCUCAAAAGCUAAACUGUUUAAAGUAAUAAAACAGAAAUUUACGUUUUCUUACCCGUGUGAAAUAUGGCAGUAAAAAAAAGUUAUUAGUUCGGUUUAAAAAACAAAACUCGUAGAGAGCACGUGAUUGCCUGACUGCAAAUAUAACGUUAUAUGCUAUUUUUGUGUAAUCUUCAUGUUGCUAUAACUUUCACACAACAACCUGAAACGUUGUUUGAAAUAUAGAUAUGAAUAAAAAAGCCCAUCUAAUUACUGUUUAUCUCAGCCAACUUUGAAAGCAUGUUUAAAACAUUACUUCACCCAUAACAAUGUUAAUAAUUGUCGUCAUAUGGCAAAUCGUAAAAGUUUGCUCAAGCAUGGGUGAAUGGUUCAACUCUGACUACCUUUCCAUGUUGUUGCAAAGCAAAGUAAGGCUUAGCUCGAAAGAAUAUCUUUAACAUAAACGUGUGAUGAAAAAAAAAGAGAAGAAUCACACGAAAUAUUAAAACUAAGUCAUUACAUCAUUUCCAUCAUAUUUUUUGUGGUCACAAAUUACUAACAUGGAAAAUUGUAUCUAUGAAUUGUGUUUUACUACAUGUGAAGAAAAACGUGGAUAUUGUAGUCUCCUUCUUGAUGAAGCUGUGCUUAAAAAAUCGUCUGUAUGUUUCAGCUGUUACCAAGGUCACGACGAUGACUUGUGUUUAGAUAUAUUACAUUUUACAGUUCUACAUUCCAAAAGAAAAUAAAGCGUACACUUCUUUUUA